UGUCCAACCGUUCCUCCCGGCCGCCAGGCGGCGCGCACGCCCCGCGGGCCCGUGCCUCAGGGGCGGCGGCGCGGCCAUGGCGGACCGGCUGACCCAGCUGCAGGACGCCGUCAACUCGCUCGCGGACCAGUUCUGUAACGCUAUCGGAGUGCUGCAGCAGUGCGGCCCGCCGGCCUCCUUCAGCAACAUCCAGACGGCCAUAAACAAGGAUCAGCCCGUGAACCCCACGGAAGAGUAUGCCCAGCUGUUCGCAGCUCUGAUCGCUCGCACUGCCAAGGAUAUCGAUGUUCUCAUAGAUUCCCUGCCCAGUGAAGAAUCCACAGCAGCUUUGCAGGCUGCGAGUCUGUACCGGCUGGAGGAGGAGAACCACGAGGCGGCGGCACGGCUGGAGGAGGUGGUGUACCGCGGGGAUGUGCUGCUCGAGAAGAUCCAGAGCGCCCUGGCCGACAUCGCCCAGUCGCAGCUGAAGACGCGGAGCGGCACCCACAGCCAGCCCCUGCCCGACUCGUAGCGCCAGGGGGCAGCGCGGUCCUGCCCAAGAGCCUCGGGAACGCCUCUGGAUACGCCGGGAAUGGAUGGGCUGGCCCGGCCCUUCCGCGGGGCUGCCCCGCGCUCUGCUCCGCGUCGGGAGCGGCGGCUUUUGGCACAGCUCGGCUGCGGGUUUUGUGUGAGAAACGCUUCUACGGGGGCUCUGUUACGGAUCUGCGUGGAUUGAUGUUUCUUUGACUUAAAACGAGCUUUCUGUUCACAAAUAUGACUUCGAUCGAAUUUGUUACAUAUUACAAGUUUUGUAUAAAUUAAUCCCACUAUGGUCAUGGUAUGAUUUUUUGUAAGCCUUAGACACAUAGGAAUUGACCAGAGUUCCCUGGAGACAGUGCUGUGAAGGCAGUGAUGGUCAUGUUUUAAUUAACAGCACUGGUAAUGUUGAUUGGCUGCUUUACCACCCUUUACAGAGCAUAUGAAAGGAAAAUCACUCUGAUGUUUACAGAGUGAUUGUUCUUGUCAUUGGCAUCGCAUUUACAAAUAAAUAAACCUGCAGGUGUCUGAUAUUGA